CGAGUGACCUAGUUUCAAGCUUACGAGAGGAGAAUAUUUUCGUUAGCGCAGUUUUCGAUAAGAAAGCGCCCAGUGUGUCUUCAUUUAGGACUGGGAGAAGAUAUCUAAGGCAAGUGGAAGACGUGUGCCACGGAUCCAUUACACGGGCAUUUCACUUUUGUGUCAAGUUUUGUAAAAAUAGCUUGGAUUGUUCUGGGCUAGACCUAGGCCUUGCCUGUAUAUUUACUUCCGCAUUGGAGCGUCAGUAAACGAGACAUCCAUCAAGCCGCGUCAUGUCGCUCGAACGGGUUCACACUCCUGCUCUUCUCGACUUCCACUACUUCGAUGACAUCUUCGAAGACGCUCACCGAGAAGUUGCAAAAAUGCACCAAGACAUGCGAUCAGCGAUGCUUCGUCUUACACCGCCGAACCAGCUGAUUGAAGGCAAUAAUUCACACACGCAAAGGCUGGAGGCAUUUAUGAAACCAGUUGUCACUAACGAGGACGGCAGUCGGGAAUUUCUGCUCAAACUGGAUGUCAGUACAUUUAAACCAGAAGAAAUUCAAGUGAAAACGGACGGAAAUGAACUCUCAAUCGAAGCCAAACAUGAGGAUAAGAAUGACACUUCCCGAGUAUUUCAUCAAUUCUCCCGCCAUUAUACUCUGCCUGAGGGCAUAGUGACCGAAGCACUAGCCUCGACUUUAUCUAAAGAUGGCGUCCUGACGAUCAAAGCCCCCUUUAUUGCCGACAACGCUAUCGAGGGACCACCGUCCAAGAAACCAGCCCUUGAGAACCAGUGAACGGCGAGCGAAUAAACAUUGAACGAUUAUUAAAUUUUAUGGAACGGCUAUUUAAUUUUUUGCGGCCACAUAUAUUGCCGACAAUACAGUUAGCUACUUUAGGUAUGUUAUCCAUGAUACGGUACAAUUUAAUGGAAGUGAAGUUAUCUUUCAGUCAUUUUCGCUUCUUUUAGUCUUGCCAGCUAUAGAGGCACGCACUAAGUAUGUAUACUUGCUUUUUGCCCUUUGAUGGUUGGUAUAUUUCAUUUUUCCAGUUUAAAGAAGAAUGCAAGUUUAAACUUGUUUUUACGGUGCACGUGAUAUUGUGAUUUAUUGUCACCAAUAUUACCUGUAUGUUUGUAAAAAGUUUGUUGUUGACGUACAUGGGCAUAGUUCAUGGGCGGAUACGGGGGGGGGGGGG